UGAGGUCUCCAGCACCAUUCUCCACUGCUAAGAGCAUGAUCUGGCUGUUCCAGUUUCUCACGCUUGUCUUCUGCCUUGGCCCAGGGAACACAGUUUCACAAACCAGCUCAACCCCAUUGAUUGUGAACGGGGUCGUGGGGGAGUCUGUAACACUUACCCUGAAGUCUCCUAUGGAAGAGAAGAUCAUGUCCAUCACCUGGCUUCAUGAUGGAAAAUCUAUCAUCUUCAUAGAGCCAAAUGAAGCACUAAACAGGGUGACUGACCCAAAGCGGAAAAAUCGAUUGAAGGUCACCAAGUCCUACUCCUUGCAGCUCAGCAACCUGACGAUGGCAGACACAGGACCUUACAGCGCCCAGAUAACCACACUGACCUCUUCACUGUUCACCAGUUAUGAUCUGAGGAUCUUCAGACGACUGAGGAACUUACAAGUUGUCCCUCACACCAAAUGGUCUAAAAAUAGGACCUGUGAGAUCCACCUGACCUGCUCUGUGGAGAAUCCAAAUGAUAACAUCUUAUUCAGGUGGCAGGUCUCAGGAAACACACUUCAAAGUGAAGCAAACCUCACUAUCUCCUGGGACCCCAAGAGUUUCGAUGAAGAGACCUACACCUGCGUAGCUGAGAAUCCUGUCAGCAAUUCAUCCUUCUCUGUCUCUGUCCAGAGUCUUUGCAAAAGUUUCUUUCAAUUCUCUACUCAGCAAACCCAGUGUCCUGCAGAGACUGUGAGGAACUUAGAGUAUGCUUCCUUCUCUCCAGGGAACACUGUGUAUGCUCAGGUCACCCAUUCAAACAGGGAAAUGGAAAUCCCAAAACCUGUGAAAAACAAUGACUCCACCACAAUUUACUCCGAAGUUCAACAGUCCCAAGAGAAAGCCCAUCUAUUCCAGGACAACUGCCCUUCACAAUGUCAUGUAAGUUGCUGAAAGUCUUCAAAGGAAUUCAGAAACGACACAUCUUCUCCUAAUCCUAUGAGAGAGAACAGAGCUUGGUUUCUGGCUGACAACAGAAUUUGAAUAUCUAGGAUGAUCAGACUUGAAUCUGCUUACCUAGGUCAAACAUUUAAGGAAUAACAUCAUCUCCAGCAUAUGACCCAAAUAACAAUUUCUAAUCAGCUCCAAGUGAAAACAUACAUCAGAUACCAUGCUUGAAAAAAUCCUCAACAAAAUACUAGCAAUCUGAAUCCAACAAUACAUUAAAAGGAUCAUACACCAUGA